AUGGCGUCGCCGCCAACGACGACGACGACGCUGUCGGCCUUCUUAUUCCUUCUAACGCACAUCAUCAGCGAUGUGAGGCCGCAGCCGUUCGGCGACCUAUUCCGAAGCAUCGCUGAUUAUAUUCCGGCGCAUCAUCGUCACAUUCAUCAUGAAUGGCAGAAUUCUGGAAAGUUCCAAGGCGACAUUGACGGGAUUGAUCCGAAUUUGCUCAAAUUGCCGGAGGGACCCGUAUUGUUCAACGCGUUGAAAAACAAACAAUUGACAUGGGAGAACGGCAUCAUCCCCUACGAACUGGAUUCGGCAUUCUCGGCCGCCGAGGUGAAAAUUCUUGAGAAGGCGUUCGACAGCUAUCGAAAAUCCACGUGUAUUCGCUUCGAGAAACGCGACGACCAAACCGAUUACUUGAAUAUUGUCAAAGGCUAUGGAUGUUAUUCACAAGUGGGUCGUACCGGCGGCAAACAGGAAGUCUCGCUCGGUCGCGGUUGUUUUUUCCAUGAGAUCAUCGUGCAUGAGCUCAUGCACUCGGUCGGUUUUUGGCAUGAGCACUCAAGAGCAGACCGUGAUGAUCACAUCAAAAUCCUAUGGGACAACAUUCUGCCCGGAAUGAAAUCGCAAUUCGACAAAAUUUCCGCGGUGUUGCAGGAUCUUCAAGGCGAAAACUACGAUUAUAAAUCGAUAAUGCAUUACGACAGCACGGCAUUCUCAAGAAACGGUCGAAACACCAUUGAAACUGUUGAAGAUGGCUACACGGAUGUCAUUGGAACUGCCACAGACCUCUCGCCAUUAGACAUUGUGAAGAUUAAUAAAUUAUAUCAGUGUAAAGCGAAAAAGAAGGAGAAAUAUUCGAGGACGACGACGGCAAGUACCCCACGCGAAAUUGCAAUGCCUAAAAAACCAGUGGUGGAUGAUGAAAAAUGCGUCGACCAUUUCGCCGAUUGUCCGCACUUCUCCCAGUACUGCACACGCGCCUCAUUCUUCUUUGUAAUGAAAAGCUAUUGCCCGUUCACCUGCAAGCACUGUCCCGGCGAUCGACAAUUGCGCAAACUCAAGAAAAUUGGCUAG